AUGGACGCUCUACCAGAUGACUUCUUCAUGAACAGUCUGGCCUUCACACCGCGGGUUCACCGCGAGCCAUACCCUGCCAUUGAUCCAACCUCGCCGUCCCUGGCAUUGGCCGGCAGGGUGGUUAUCGUGAGCGGAGUAACAAAAGGCAUUGGCCGUAGAGGCAUCGUACCAGCAUUCGCGAAGGCGCGACCCAAGGCUAUGGUUCUCGUCGCUCGGAGUCGAGAUGGCGCCACCGCAGUAGCCGACGAGCUCAGCCAGAUGUAUCCAGACACAGAGUUUGUCGGUAUUGCCGCAGACGUUUCCAAAGACGAAGACGUCGCCUCGCUGUUCCAACAGGUCUCGUCCCUUUUCGGACAGGCAGACAUCCUGGUGAACAACGCCGGUGUCAACAGCGCCGGCGGUCUGCUUGCUGAUGUCGCGACUGCGACUUGGUGGAGUGACUUCGAGACCAACGCCAAAGGCCUCUUCCUGAUGUGUCAAACUUUCUUGAAGCACGCCGAUCCUACCCAACCCAGCACCAUCAUCAACCUGUCGACAUCUGGAGCACCCGCUGUCUUCCCAGGCAUGUCCGCAUACACCCUCGCGAAGCUUGUCGGGCUGCAGAUGACGGCCUACAUCGCAGCAGAGUACGCGAACACCACAGCGGUCGCGUUGCAUCCAGGUGUCGUCCGAACAGACAUGGUGGUGCCGUCUUUUGUUCGGUUUGCCAAAGACUCUCCUGAUCUGGUUGGGAGCACGGCCGUCUACUUGUGCUCGGAGCAGGCGCGAUGGUUGUCUGGCUGCUUCGUCAAUGCGAAUUGGAACAUGGAGGAUCUUGCGAAGAGAAGGGAAGAAGUAUAA